AUGGUGCUAUGCCACCGGAGCGCGCUGCUGGAUGGGCCCCUGCGGCCGCCAAAGCAGGGGAGGACGAGCCACGGCCGCCGGAGAGAGAGAGAACACGACCCGCUGCCGCCGGGGAGGGAGAGCACGACCCGACCUCCACCAAUCCCGGCAUGGUGCGUCGCUCACCUCGCUGACGCCGCGCGCUCCACGCACCUGCUCCAGUUCCACGACAUCGGCACCAAGAUCGCGGACGACGACGGCACCGAUCAUCACUUCAAAUGCAGCUGCCAGGUUGACGGCUACCGCUGGGAAAUCCGUGUCGUCUACCCUCCCUACUACAGCUUAGUUGAGACCGAAUAUGUUGUGGAGGGCUUACCUGAGGACUAUCUUGUGGAGGGCUACGUUGUGCCCCUCCAGCUCGUCUUCCUCGGCGAGGCCGGCGCGAACAAGGUCCCGGCGGCUCUAAGCUGCCGGCUGCUAGAUCCGAGCGGGGCCACCGGACCGUCACGAGAGAAGGGUACUGCGGCAGCAUCAUUCCAGCACCCCUCAGAUCGGUCUGAAUUGCUUACCAUCCGGACAACAUUCUACCGCGCAAAAUCAAUUGUGGUUUACGUCAAGAAUGGCUGCCUGACGCUGGAGUGCACGGUCACCGUGUUGAGAGACCUGAACCCCAUCAUUGCCGUGCCGUCAAACAACCUGCCCCGGCACCUCGGCGAGCUCCUGGCGAGCGGGGCCGGGGCGGACGUCACGUUCGCCGUGGCCGGCCAGUCCUUCCCCGCGCACAGGAGCAUCCUUGCGGCGAGGUCCCCCGUCUUCAUGGCCCAGUUCUUCGCCGGCGAGAUGCUGGAGAGGAUCUCCCCGCGCGUCGAGAUCAAGGAGAUGGAUCCGUUCGUGUUCCAGGCCAUGCUCCGCUUCGUGUACACCGACGCCGUCCCGGAGCUGGACGAAGCGGCGGAGACGGCGGCUGCCCUGGCACGGCACCUGCUCGCGGCCGCCGACAGGUACGGGCUGGACAGGCUCAGGGCGAUGUGCGAGCGCAGGCUCGCAUGGGCCAUCGACGCCGGCACGGCGGCGCCGACGCUGGCGUUUGCGGAGCGGCACGGCUGCUCCGAGCUCAAGGCAAGGUGCAUCGAGUUCAUCGCCGGAGGAUUGGCCGAGAAUCUGGACGCGGUGUUGGCGACGGAGGGCUUCGGGCGUUGUCUCGAGGACACUGGCCCCUCCGUGGUAAUUGAGCUUCUCAAGGCUGCACAUGCAAGGAAGAUCAAGAACUGA